AUGUCAAUCUGCAGGAGGAUGUUCUCGACCUCCCGGUGCCUCCUGAGCCAUGACAAUCCCCUAGGCCUUCCUCGUUCCGGUACUCCUCCGCCCUUCCCACGUCGUCGUGGCCUGCCUGAGAAGCGCACGAUCCGAGAUGUCAAGAAAGUGGUGGCUGUUUCCUCUGCCAAGGGGGGUGUAGGCAAAUCGACGGUUGCGGUAAACCUUGCCCUUGCCUUUGCGCGCCGAGGUAUCAAGACUGGAAUUCUUGAUACCGAUAUCUUUGGCCCGUCUAUUCCAACUCUACUCAAUUUGUCUGGCGAGCCCCGACUCGACGAAAACAACUGCCUUGUCCCCCUUACGAAUUACGGCCUCAAGUCCAUGUCAAUGGGCUACCUCCUCCCACAAACACAAUCCGAUAGUGCCACCGGUGAAGUGCCCAUGGAUACAACCCCGAUCUCCUGGCGAGGCCUCAUGGUCACAAAAGCAUUGCACCAGCUACUCCAUUCCGUUUCCUGGGGGCCACUCGACGUUCUCGUCCUGGAUCUUCCACCAGGAACUGGCGACGUCCAACUCACAAUCAAUCAAGAAGUCAUCAUCGACGGCGCCGUGAUCGUAACGACUCCUCAAGACAUUGCACUUCGUGAUGCAGUUCGUGGUUUUGGCAUGUUCCAACGUAUGGAUGUUCCCGUUCUCGGUAUGGUCCGCAACAUGGCCUACUUCGCAUGCCCGAACUGUGGCCACCAAACCCAGAUUUUCUCGCACGGAGAUGGACACCACUCACAUGGCGAGAAUCGUGGCGUGGUAGCAGAGUGCAAACGGCUCGGAGUCGACUUCCUUGGUGAUAUUCCUCUUGAUGCGAAGGUGUGUGAAGACGCAGACCGAGGGAUGCCGACGAUGGUGUCGGAGGAGAGCGUGGAAAGGAGUGCCCGACGCCAGGCUUUCCUCGAUGUCGCUAAACAAGUGGCUAAAAAGAUUGGUCUGCCCUGGGACUAG